AUGCUGAAGGGGCAGCUAUCGUCCCUGCACUCUCGUCACUCACAGCAAUUGGCGUCUCUGAAAGCUAAGGUAGCAGAGCAGGAAAAGCAGGCAACAGAGAUGCAAACCCAAUACAAGACCGCCCUGGGAACUAUGCUAAGGAAGGCAUUUGACCCAAAGACAGGCAAGGUCAUUCCUGCAGCGACAAUCACAGACUUGGAGCAGUCACUGGCCAUGAAGGAGCAUGCCGCGGACACUGCACGCUUUAGAGUCCUGCACCUGCGCGCAAAACUGCAGCGAGUGCAGGAUUCCCAACGCGAGAACGGCAUGAAGCGGAGCCUGCAUGUGGUUGACUUUGAGCACCUGAAGAUGGAGAAUGCGAUGCUCAUGAACAAGAUUGAAGUCCGAGGCAAACAGCUGCUGGAGGCGCAGCAACAAUCGCAAGCCGCUGUGCAUGUGCUGGCGCAUGUCAAGCAGAAGCUUCAUCUUGAGGAGAGAAGGCGGGCAGAGCUGGAAGCGACACUAGCAGUCGCACAAGAGAAGCUACGAGAACGAAAGGAACGUGGUCGGCUGCUGAAGAGGCAGAGGGAGAAGAGAAGGCUGCGAAAAAUCAAGAUGCAGGAAGCAGAGCUCUUUGAGGAUCCCACAUUGUUGGCCCAUUUCCAGGAUGUGACCAGUAGCGUUGUCACGAGUGGAGAUGACUGCUGGAUCAGACUUCACGAUGUGACAACAGGUGACAUGUUUGCUGAGUGUCCCAUAAUGAAGGGGAAGCCACUGACCUCGAGUGUGGAGCCGGUGGUUGACAGCUCUAGGUACUUCGUCCUGAGGGUGGUGGACAGAGACUCCGGCCGGCAUGCCUUCAUUGGCUUUGGAUUCAGGGAACGGGCGCAUGCUUCAGAUUUUGCAGCGGCGUUGUCCGAUUACCAGCAGUACCUGAAGCGAUCAGAGGAGGCGGCGGCCAUGCAGCAGGCCUUUGCAGCAGCCGAGUCAGGCGAGCAGGGCCCCGAUCUGCCAACCCUGGACUUCAGCCUCAAACCUGGGGAGACCGUCAGCCUCAAGCUUUCCGCAAAGGGGCCAGCAGCACGAGGUUCGUUUCUGGGCGAGCGAAUGGUGGCUAUGCCUACUGCAGAAGCUAGCCCAUCAGAGAGUGGCGCUGCAAUGCUGCUCGCACCACCCCCAGCUGCCACAGCGCAGCCGCAAGCUGCUGCUCAGACGGUUAGCGGACCUCUGAAUUCACCUUCAAAUAGUGCUGUUGAAGCAGAGCAGAAAAUUACUGCCAAGCCUGACAGUGAAGGGGAUGAAAAAGGUGAUCUAAGCAGAGCUGAUGGGCCGAAUGAGAGAACACCUGCAGAAGAUAGCAGCAUUGAUGAAGAGUUUGGUAGCUUUGUAGGAUGAGCCCCUCAUCAGAGUGUGGUUGCCAUCUGGCCCCUAUUCCGCCUCAGUAGAUAGAGACUUUGCCAGAGGUAGAUCUGGAUUGACUCUGGCUGCCAGUGGUGCACAGCAUUGUAUGAUAGUAUCAUCAGGAAUGGUUCUUCUUUAGCAAUGCGACCAUUGCAAUAGACCCCCGAUAUUGUCUAUUGAGCUGGAAUUACACAAUGCAAACGUUACAAUAAGCAGCCUUUCAUGUCAUGCUUACAUCAAGUUCACCUUGACCAAGUACCCUAAUUAGGGAAUUAUAAUGUACUUGCACAGCCAGCAUGUGCCUGUGCAGCAAUCAAUUCCCAGCUGUAACUACUUAUAAGUA